GUCUAUCAACUGCAAUUGUCCUUCUUCACGGAAAACCCGUGUCAUCUGUUCCUCCCACGAGCGUUCUACAUUAUCACGCACACUCUGAUCGCUUACUCGAAUGUGUGCCUGCAGAACAUUCAGGUGGUGAUGGUCGUCGAGAGGAUCGUCGCCACGGUGUGGGUCGACACCUACGAGAAGCAGUGUCGAGCACUUGGCGCUGUUCUCGUCACUCUCCUGCUGCUGCUGACGGGUAUCGAGAUAGCUGGCACCUUCGGUGACAACUUCGCCGAGGUUCUGAUGACGAACAGCCUGAUGGUCACCGACUCGACCGGUACAGACGUGACGGCAUCUUUCGCUGUGAUAUUUGUUGUUUGUUGUGUGACGUUGCUGAUCAACAUAGCACAGUACUGCUUCAAUUUACGUCGUAAAAAACGGACGACGUUGAGCUCUCGUUAUCAACUUUCUGAAAAUGUAUCCACAUCGGCGAUGCUUUGCGUCAUUUCCACCGUUCAGCUGACAACUUUUGCCCUGUACGCCUUUUUUAUGAGUUACAUUCGCUUGACAAUCAGCCAUGAUCCGAUGUACGACCCGCUCAAGGAAACUGUUUAUGUGAGUUCGAGCGACCACUUGCUAGCUAUCCGUGAACGAGUAAUUCGUGGCAUUCAGACUGUUCCUCUGUGCACGUUGCUACUUCCUUUGGCCACAAUUGUUUCCAUAGAAGUAACGAGGAGGAAACGAAUACGAGGAAUAAAGUCAAUGGUGACGAUGAACGCGAGUGGACCGGAAGGCUGGCUGAACUACGCCUCACAGCUGCAGCAGCAAUGGCAAUGA